AUGCCCACAGAACUUGAAGAGCUUGUGGGGUUCAUCGGCCACCCAAACCCCCAAAUUCGCAAACUGGCCACUGAGAAUCUGGUGCCGUAUUCAACAUCACAGCCCUCUAUUUUCAAAAGCGAGGAGCUGCUUCCUGUUAAGCAUCUCAAGUUUUUGAUCAAUGAUCAUCCAACCAUAGCAGAACACGCUUUGACGAUUCUGGUCAAUCUCACGGCAGAUUCGAAGAUCCUUGAAUAUGUAGCAACCGACGACAGAUUCCUCGGUACCCUCCUUAGUUAUCUCGUUGUCCCGGCGGAACCUAAUGCCAAUGUGCUGGCUAUGCUCCUUGCAAAUAUGGCAAAAUGGGACGGUUUGAAGAGUAUUGCAGCUCGCAAACAGGAUCCUCCCAAGGAGCUGCAGUCGAACGAGCUGGUACUCAACCAGCUCCUCGAUCUUUUCGUGAAAGGGGCCGAUGGCACGUAUAACGAACACGCCAACUUCGACUAUCUUGCCUAUGUCUUUGCGGACCUCUCGAAGCACGCUGAAAUACGACAGUUCUUCCUCACAAAGCAAGAUUACGACGGCGACGUUCCGCUGAACAAACUCAGAGUGUUCACGGAGCAUAAGUCGGAUAUCAGAAGGAAGGGAGUGGCGAGCACCAUCAAGAAUGUGGCGUUCGACGUACCGGCACACCCGGCUUUCCUCGACGAAGGCCAAGUCAACAUCCUGCCUUACAUUCUGUUGCCGAUCACCGGGAAUGAGGAAUACGAUGUAGAAGAAACGAUGGAGAUGCUUCCGGAACUGCAGUUGCUGCCUCCCGACAAGCAGAGGGAUCCAGAUCCCAGCAUCGUGCAGACACACGUCGAGACGCUGACGCUUUUGACGACCACGAGGGUAGGGAGAGAUCUGAUGAGGCGUGUCAAUGUGUAUCCGAUCAUUCGAGAGACGCAUCUGCGUGUCGACGACGAGGGUGUCCGCGAAGCCUGUGAGCGGUUAGUGCAAGUGCUGAUGCGAGAUGAAGCAGAACCUGAGGCGGAAGCGGCGGCCGAGAGCGACGAGGAUGACAGAAUAGUCGAAGUCUAG